AUGACAGCCAUUUCAAACGGAGAACUACACCGGUCGCCCAAGCAGGAAUUUUCGGCAGUCGCAAAGCUUGGGCACGAGCUCUCGCUACAGGAGGGUUGCGUAAUCCGGGGUGCUAGACUGGUCGUUCCAGAGAAAGCAAGGAAAGACGUUCUCGACUUUGCACAUGCGGGUAACAGGGGCGUGGUGGCUAUGAAGGCGUGCGCUCGAGGCUAUUUUUGGUGGCCCGGUGUCGACAACGACAUAGAGCGGGUGGUCGAAGGUUGUGCAACUUGCUGCCAGCACCAGAAAAUACCAACUAAAGCACCAGCCCCCCAAUGGAAACGUGCGACAACACCAUGGCACACAAUCCACGGUGACUUCGCUGGGCCUGUGGAGGGAAGGAUGCUGUUAUUUGUAGUCGACGCAUACAGCAAGUGGCUCAAUGUGCACAUCAUGCGGAAUAUGCGGUCGCGGACACUGAUCGAGGAAAUGCGAAACCUGUUGGCAACUUUCGGCAUUCCCCAGAGGCUGGUCACGGACAACGGCCCGUCCUUUGUUUCUGCGGAAAUGGAAUAA